AUGGCCAACUUAGGUCCUAAAAGAUUGACAAAGGAGCUAGCUAAGAUCUCGAAUAGCCUCCCACCUGGCAUUGCCCUAGUCACCGCGGACAACUUGGAAGAAUGGUUCCUCGACAUCCAAGUCCUCGACCAGAAUCCUAUCUACGCGGGCCAGACUUACCGUCUAAAAUUCAAAUUUGGCAAUGCUUAUCCCAUCGAACCUCCCGAAGUUACCUUCGUAAAGCUAGAAGACCGGCCAAUACCUAUGCAUCCUCAUAUCUAUUCGAAUGGGAUCAUAUGCCUCGACCUGCUCGGGACGCAAGGAUGGAGUCCUGUCCAGAAUGUUGAAAGUGUGUGUAUGAGUAUCCAAAGCAUGUUGACGGGAAACACCAGGAAUGAGCGACCGCCUGGUGACGAAGACUUUGUGCGCGGCAACCGUCUACGACCGAGAGACAUUGACUUCUAUUAUCACGAUAAUACCCAUCACCCCCGUGAAGAGCUCAUAAUGGCUCCUCACGCGGGGUUCGAUGCCGAACAGAUUAGAGAUAAGGCUCGGAAGGAUCUUCUCUAUCUUCUCGAAGGCGUUCGCGGGAAGAAGAACCUCGUUAUCGAACGCAGCUUAGCUGGCCCAAUUGGUGUAAUAGCCAAGGUGUCAACGUUGCAAGAUUAUGGUGUGGAUAAAUUCUUUCUGCUAGAAAACGGCAAUGCCGAUACGAGCCAACGCAAUGUUGUGUUCAUGGCUCGGGGAGAGUGUGCCCGCCAUGCUCAGUCCAUAGCAGAGCAGAUCAAGCGAUUACAACGCGAAAGCCAGACCGGUCACGAAUUCCACGUUUUCUGGGUACCCCGCCGUACCGUUGUGUCCGACAAGCUUUUAGAGGAAGCCGGUGUACUAGGUGAUGUAAAUAUAGCAGAGCUUCCGCUGUAUUUCUUUCCCCUAGAGCGAGAUGUUUUAUCCCUGGAGCUCGACAACUCUUUCCAAGAUCUAUUUUUAUUUAAAGAUACGACGCCGACAUUUUUAAUAGCGAAAGCUUUGAUGGGUAUUCAAUCGAAACAUGGUCUUUUUCCACGUGUGAUUGGCAAGGGCGAUAACGCGAAGCGUGUAGCGGAAUUACUUACUAGAAUGCGACAAGAGAUACUGGCUGGUGAAGACGCAAAUGAGACUACCAGAUCUGGACUCACCCCAAGCAAUACGAUAGAGAGCGUCGUUAUAAUCGAUCGCGAAGUCGACUUUGUUACACCUUUACUCACUCAACUAACAUAUGAAGGCUUGAUUGAUGAACUCUGGGGAAUUCAAAAUAACCAAGCCGAUAUCGAUUCUACCGUUGUGGGAGCUCCGCCACAACCCGCAUCCCAAAGUACAACGUCAACACCGGUAGCUAGCGCGGCUUCGAGAAAACGUAAAAUCCAACUAGAUUCUUCAGAUAAGCUCUACGACGGUCUACGUGAUGCGAAUUUCGCGAUUGUUGGUACACUUCUCAACAAGGUUGCGCGGAGAUUACAAAGUGACUACGAUAGCCGACAUACCUCCAAGACGACUGCGGAGCUCAAAGAUUUCGUGAAGAAAUUGCCCGGCUACCAAACCGAGCAUCAGAGUCUCAAAAUCCACACCGGGCUUGCUGAGGACAUUAUGAAGCAUACCCGAACAGACCAAUUCAGUCGCAUGCUGGAGGUCCAACAAAAUCUUGCUGCUGGUGCUGAUCCGAGCUCACAAUUCGAUGCAAUUGAAGAAUUAAUAGCGAGGGAUGUGCCGUUGCGGGAAAUACUGAGGCUACUCUGCACAUACUCAUGCAUUUCCGGCGGCAUUAAGUCGAAAGAUUUCGACCAAUUCAGACGCUUAAUAUUGGAAGGCUACGGCUACCAACAUCUCCUAACUCUCCACAAUUUAGAAAAGCUACAGCUAUUCUUAUCCCGUACUUCACCUAUGGCGAACAUGAUUCCCAUGCCAGGUUCAGGGAGCGCGACAGGGACUAAGACUAAUUAUACCUACCUACGCAAGCAACUCCGCCUGAUUGUUGACGAAGUAAAUGAGCACGAUCCGAACGAUAUCGCGUACGUUUAUAGUGGCUAUGCGCCGCUCUCUAUACGGCUCGUGCAGUGUAUACUACAGAAACAAUAUCUUCUCUCUAUUACACGUGGUAACGGAGCGGCUGGCGCAGGCUCAGCGGCAGGGAGCGGCGCACAAGGGUGGCGAGGCUUCGACGAGGCUGUGAAACAUGCACGAGGCCAGACGUUCGACGAACUACAAAAGGGUGAAGACAAAGCGGUCAAGGCCCGAGCUCUAUUGUCUGGAGGGGGUGACAAGAAAACGGUGUUUGUUGUUUUCGUCGGGGGAAUUACUUUUACCGAAAUCGCGGCGCUCCGAUUCAUCGCAAAGAAGGAAGAAGCUCGAAGGAAUAUUGUCAUCUGCACGACUUCGAUCAUUAGCGGGAACAAGAUGAUGGAUGCUGCAGUGGAGAAGAAAUCAUUUGCGAAGGAGGCGCCAAAGCCCGCCGCGCCAUCCGCCACCUAG